GGCCCCGACACCUCCAUGAAAACGCCUGUGGGCGUUGCGAGCCGCCGCCGCCUCCCCGCCAGCCUCCUCAGAGGAGCGGCGGCCUCAGGCGCGGCCCCCCCACCCUCCGAGGGGCAGGCCCGCCCCGUCCCGUCCCGCCUCGGCUUCCCGCUUCCUCCCGCUCCGCCGCUUCCAGUCCUGCGCGCUGGCCGCGCCCCCGGGCCGGGCCGGGCCGGGCCGGGCGAGGCGGGGGCGGGCGGCCGAUCGCGGCCCCCCGGGGAGCGGCUCAGGCGGGGCCGCCGCCCGCGCCGGCAGGGAAGGAUGGAGGCAGAGGGCCGGGGCCCCGCGCCGCCGCCGCCGCUCCCUCCGCCGUCCCCCGACAGCCGCAGAGGGGCCGGGGCCGAGCCCCAGCCCGCGGCGGGUGCCCCGGCACCGGCCCGGCGGCCGCUGCUCGCCGCCGAGGUGCUGGCGUUGGACGAUGAGGAGGACGACCUGGAGGUGUUCAGCAAGGAUACGUCGCUGGCUGAGGUAAACUCAUUCAGUCCUUCAAUGCCAAUAUCCCCCUCAUCAAUGAUAAACCAGUAUAAAUUUGAAGAUGAACCAGAAUUAAGAGAUCUCUUCAUUACAGUCGAUGAUCCUGAAAGCCACAUUACAGCCAUUGAAACAUUUAUUACAUACAGAGUAGUCACAAAGACAUCUCGUGGUGAAUUUGACUCCAGCGAAUAUGAAGUUCGAAGGCGAUAUCAGGAUUUCCUUUGGUUGAAGAGCAGACUUGAAGAAGCACAUCCAACACUGAUUAUUCCUCCAUUGCCUGAAAAAUUCAUAAUGAAAGGAAUGGUGGAACGAUUUAGUGAUGAAUUCAUUGAGACGCGAAGAAAAGCUUUACAUAAAUUUUUGAACCGUAUUGCUGAUCAUCCAACUUUAACUUUUAAUGAAGACUUCAAAAUUUUUCUUACUGCACAGGCCUGGGAGCUCUCCUCACACAAGAAGCAGGGCCCCGGUUUGCUGAGCAGGAUGGGACAGACUGUCAGAGCUGUAGCAUCCUCAGUAAGAGGAGGAGUUAAAAAUCGUCCUGAAAUGUUUACAGAAAUGAACAAUUACGUGGAAACGUUUAGUCAGAAAAUAAACGUACUAGACAAAAUAGCUCAUCGAAUUUACAAAGAAGAAAGGGAGUAUUUUAAUGAAAUGAAGGAAUACGGCCCCAUCUACACACUCUGGUCAGCAUCAGAAGAAGACACAGCAGACUCCCUAAAAGGCGUUGCCAGCUGCAUCGACAAGUGUUGCAAGGCUACGGAGAAGCGAAUGGCAGGGCUCUCCGAAGAUCUGCUGCCGAUCUUACACGAAUACGUUCUCUACAGUGAAAUUCUGAUGGGUGUUUUGAAAAGGAGAGACCAAAUUCAAGGCGAGCUCGACUCCAAAGUUGAUGCUUUAGCCAAUAAAAAGACAGAAAAAGAUCUGUUCUCAGAAGAGAUAGGGAAACUUGAAGACAAAGUCGAAUGUGCCAAUAAUGCUCUGAAAGCGGAUUGGGAAAGGUGGAAGCAAAACAUGCGGUGUGACAUGAGAUCAACGUUCACUAAUGUGGCUGAGAAUAAUCUCCGUUAUUACGAAGAGUGCCUUGCUACAUGGGAGUCCUUCCUAGCAUCUCAAAGAGUGGAUCUUCAUGUGGAAGAAGAUUCUGAAGAUAGGCCUUGAGCAAUCUCUCUGCUCCAUCUCUGCCUUUUCCAUGCAGUUUCUCCCAACCAAAGUGCUUUAUACGAGAUCAGAUACAUUAUUAAAUUUAACUGUUAAAAAUCAGUGAAAUGCAGGAAACCAGCUUAUUGAAAACUCAGGUAUUCUAAUCCUGAAAUACAUUUUGGCACAUGCUAUAUAUUGCUUUAUAUUGCUUAGCUGUGAUUUUACAUAUUUUUAUGCAAGUGUUUGCAUACAAUUGUAUUCAUAAAUAUAGCCUAAUUUGGAUAUAAAGUAUUUUAAAUAUGUAAAAAUAGCUCAAUUUUAAUAAAAAGUUUAAUAAGGAAA